AUGUUUUCUUCAGCACUGGGCAAUGCUUAUGCAGUACUGUCUAAUGAAGAGAAGCGAAAACAAUAUGAUAUGUAUGGCACAUCUGAUAAUGGAAACAAUGUAAGCAGAGGACCCAGAGGGGACUUCUUCGAGUACGAUUACGCUCACGGGUUUGAUGCUGAUUUCUCGCCUGAAGAAAUAUUCAACAUGUUCUUUGGUGGCGGUUUUCCAUCGGAAUCGGUGAGAAGAGGACGACAUUUUCACCACACUUCUCAUAGUCACAGCACGCGUAACCAAAAUGAAAGUCCCUACACCCCGUUGUUACAACUUCUUCCGCUGAUUGCGAUACUCAUUUUGGGCCUUCUUGCCCAGUUAAUGGUUGGCGAUCCGGCCUAUUCUUUGCAUCAUUCGAGCAAAUACCCCGUCAAACGGCUAACACAGAGUGAUUUGAGGGUGCCUUAUUUCGUGCGAAGUGAUUUUGAACAAGCAUAUCGUGGAAGAAUUCAUCAGGUACAGCCAUAUGAUUUCUAUGACUUCCAUUAA